CGCUCCGUCCCGCGAGAGGAAGGUGUGCUCUCGGUUCCGGAGUGGACGCCGGCGGUUGAGGGAGUGUAACGCCUGGUGCUGCACCAUGACGUCUGUGGGGACCCUCGCCUUUGAUGAAUAUGGCCGGCCUUUCCUCAUCAUCAAGGAUCAGGACCGCAAGUCUCGUCUUAUGGGACUUGAGGCCCUCAAGUCUCAUAUAAUGGCAGCAAAGGCUGUAGCAAAUACAAUGAAAACAUCACUUGGACCAAAUGGGCUGGAUAAAAUGAUGGUGGAUAAGGAUGGCGAUGUGACUGUAACCAAUGAUGGGGCCACCAUUUUAAGUAUGAUGGAUGUCGAUCACCAGAUCGCCAAGCUGAUGGUGGAGCUGUCCAAGUCACAGGAUGAUGAAAUCGGAGAUGGAACCACUGGAGUGGUUGUUCUGGCUGGCGCCCUGUUGGAAGAGGCCGAGCAGCUGCUGGACCGUGGCAUUCACCCCAUCAGGAUCGCCGACGGCUAUGAGCAGGCUGCCCGCAUCGCCAUCGAGCACCUAGACAAGAUCAGUGACAGCGUCCUUGUCGACAUAAAGGACACUGAGCCCCUGAUCCAGACCGCAAAGACCACGCUGGGCUCCAAAGUGGUUAACAGCUGCCACCGACAGAUGGCCGAGAUUGCCGUGAAUGCUGUCCUCACUGUGGCUGACAUGCAGCGCCGAGACGUUGACUUUGAGCUCAUUAAAGUAGAAGGCAAAGUGGGCGGGAGGUUGGAGGACACUAAGCUGAUCAAGGGCGUGAUCGUGGACAAGGACUUCAGCCACCCACAGAUGCCAAAACAAGUGGAAGAUGCCAAGAUUGCAAUUCUCACCUGUCCCUUUGAACCACCAAAACCAAAGACGAAGCAUAAGCUGGAUGUGACCUCUGUAGAAGAUUUUAAAGCCCUUCAGAAAUAUGAAAAGGAGAAGUUUGAAGAGAUGAUUCGGCAAAUUAAAGAAACUGGCGCCAAUCUGGCUAUUUGCCAGUGGGGCUUUGAUGAUGAAGCGAACCAUUUACUUCUUCAGAACAACCUGCCUGCGGUUCGCUGGGUAGGAGGACCUGAAAUCGAGCUGAUCGCCAUCGCCACCGGGGGGCGUAUCGUCCCACGGUUCUCAGAGCUGACGCCCGAGAAGCUGGGCUUCGCGGGUCUAGUGAAGGAGAUCUCGUUCGGGACAACUAAAGACAAGAUGCUGGUCAUCGAGCAGUGUAAGAACUCCAGGGCGGUCACCAUCUUCAUCAGAGGAGGAAAUAAGAUGAUCAUUGAGGAAGCAAAACGGUCUCUUCAUGACGCUCUGUGUGUCAUCCGGAACCUCGUCCGGGACAACCGCGUGGUGUACGGCGGCGGCGCUGCCGAGAUCGCUUGUGCUCUGGCCGUCAGCCAGGAGGCCGACAAGUGCCCGACCCUGGAGCAGUACGCCAUGCGAGCCUUCGCCGACGCCCUGGAGGUCAUCCCCAUGGCCCUCUCUGAGAACAGCGGCAUGAACCCCAUCCAGACCAUGACCGAAGUCCGAGCCAGACAAGUGAAGGAGAUGAACCCUGCCCUUGGGAUUGACUGUCUGCACAAGGGAACAAACGAUAUGAAGCAACAACAUGUCAUAGAAACCUUGAUCGGCAAAAAGCAACAGAUAUCUCUUGCAACACAAAUGGUUAGAAUGAUCUUGAAGAUUGAUGACAUCCGUAAGCCUGGAGAAGCUGAAGAAUAAGGAAAAACUUUAGGAUGAAAUGUCGGAGUAAGAUCCACUACUGUGAUUAAAUAAAUGGUGUCUCGUGUGCGUCUACAGUUA